AUGUCUAAAAAUCCGACCUUUCGUGCAACAAAAAACUUUCACCUCCAGUUUUUAACUGUGAACUCGCGAGAUACUUCAGUUAUUCCUUGCGUUCAUCUGUUUUUUGAUUCUAAGCGAUAUAUUUUUGGAAGCAUAGGCGAAGGAUGCCAGAGAGCCAUUCUAUCGCAGCAAUUGAAGCUCUCAAAAAUAAAGGAUGUUUUUUUAUGUCAUGGAGGUCGUGUCCUCUUGGAAUCUCCUUCUUCUUUAUCCUCUUCAUCAGUCUCUUCGGUUUCAAGCCCUGGCCCUUUAACGAAUACCGAGAGUAAUUCAAAGGUUGACUGGUGGGAUUCUUGUGGUGGACUAAUAGGUUUUCUGUUAUCCAUGAAUGAUGCGUGCGAUCUUCCUCAGGGUGAAAACCCUUUCACCCUUCAUGGACCAAGCGAAAUACACUAUUAUAUGUCUUGUAUGCGUCACUUUACUUACCAUACUAAUGUGGAUUUAACCAUCCAAGGAUAUACUGCUUCUUCAGCCCCUGAAUAUGUCGACGAGAAUAUUCGUGUAACACCUGUUGUAAUUUCUCUGCCGUCAAGCGGAAGAAAACGCAAGUACUCUGACAGUCCUGCUUUAUCCAGCACUGACACAACCUCUGCUACAUCCGAUUCUACACCUCACUGGUUUACCCAUUCUUCGAAUGAUACCGCCUUUGUGGUCGACAACGCAUUAUAUAAUACUCCUCCCCCAUUGGAAGAACAAAGUCCUCAAAUUUUCAUCUCUUAUAUCGUGCAGUCUCAUCCUUCUCCAGGAAAGUUUGAUGCGAAAAAAGCAAAGUCUUUGGGUAUCACUAAAGGUGUUGAUUGUGGAAAAUUAGCUAAAGGUGAAUCAAUAACUUUAGAUAAUGGCUCAACUGUUUACCCUGAUGAUGUUAUAGGUUCUCCUGUCCCAGGAUCAACUUUCUUCUUUAUCCAUUGUACACACGAAUCUUUAAUUGACAACCUAAUUCAGCAGCCUCAAUGGUCAACUGCUCCAGAGCCGGUUUGUAUUAUACACUCAGUUUCGGAUGAAGUUUUCAAUAACCAAAAAUACAAACAAUGGAUCACUUCGUUAUCUACCAAAGCUUCCAAUAUCUUGUCACCUACAAAAGCAAUAGAAACAGUUAAUUAUCCAAGGAGUGCCUCUGCAAUCACAGCUUUGAACAUGUUGGAUGAUAGUUCAUUUCCGCUCGGUAAAAACUGUCAUCAAGGAAACUUGGAUAGUUUAAAGAGAGAUGGGUUUGUUAUUGCAUGUCCAAAGAUGAAAUUUAUGUUUGGAAAAAACCCCGGGAUAGAGUACCCAGAAGCUGGAAUGGAUGUGUCGCAGCUAAGAAAUAACAUUUCUGAAGAAAAACCAGAUUAUAAGGGUUUGGUUACAAAAUCUCAACUCUUGAAUAGCUCUCUUAAUCUUCCAAAAGAUUUUGCAGGCUCUGAAAUACAGUUUUGUACUUUGGGCACUGGCUCAGCAAUGCCUUCAUUAUACAGAAACGUUUCUUCCAAUUUCGUUAAAAUUCCCAAAAGAACAUCAGGCCGGGACAAUGAUUCUGCCAAGGUUGUCAGUUCUACGAACAAUAUUUUACUUGACUGUGGUGAAGGUACUCUCGGAAGACUAGCAAGACAAUAUGGUGAUAGUCUAAAUGAUGAGAUUUCAUCAUUGAAGUGGAUUUAUAUCUCUCAUAUGCAUGCUGACCAUCACGCUGGUGUAAUUGGAGUCCUAAAGCUCUGGUUUUCGAUAUCAAGUACUUCUUCUAAGUUAUUUUUAUGUGGUCCCCCUCAAUUUGAAUCAUGGUUAGAAGAUUAUUCCAAACUAGACAAGCUGGACCUGUCCAGAAUAGUAUUUCUUUCCAAUAGUGCUGUCCGACGAGACAGAUCUUUAACGGAUGCCGAUCAAAUCAAGUAUCGAAUGCUUUUACAGGAACUUGACUUCGCUUCCUUUGAAACCGUUGCAGCAGUGCACUGCCCAUUUUCGUAUUGCACGCAAUUUACAGGUAAUGAGGGAUGGAAAAUUGCUUACUCUGGAGAUACCAGACCUUCAGAAGAAUUUAUCGAAAUAGGAACAGGUGCUACUGUUGUUAUUCAUGAAGCUACAUUGGAGGAUUCUAUGCAGGAGAUAGCUGUACGGAAACAACAUUCUACCUAUAGUGAAGCUUUAAGAGUUGGCCAACGUAUGAAUGCAAAAAGCAUCAUUUUAACACAUUUUAGCCAAAGAUAUCCAAAGUUGCCUGAAGUGAAUCUCACCGAUCAACAACUAAAUGUUGCUUUGGCAUUUGAUGGCAUGUGCUUUAAAGCGUAUGAAAUUCCAAAAUUUAGGAAUUAUAUAGAGCCUUUGGCCCAUUUAUUUACCGAUGAUGGUGUCACUGACUGUUAA